CCUACAUGUAUAACUUAUUGAACGAGGCAGCUGGAGACGUGAGAGCCAAUCAAAUGGAACCAGCUCUUCGUCCCACUGGUUGAACGUGCUGUAAGAUAGACAGUAUGUACACUUCAGCGGUCGGAGAGAUAUUUCAAUUCAAUCUCGAACUGCUAGCUUCUAACUUUACAACAUGAACUUUAGUGAUGUGGCGAAUAAAACAGAGGAUCACCAAGACCACGGUGACGAACCUAUGUUUUGGGCGCAAAUUUUUGCAGCUAUUUUAAGUCUCGUUCUUGGAUUAAUAUCUGCAAUUUCAAACAUCCUUCUUCUGCUAACUCUACACAAGGAUCCGUUGAAAUGUUUCCAAAGGCGAGCUACCACCGUCUUCAUUCAAGGUUUGGCAACAAGCGACUUUUUGGCGGGAAGUUUCAUUCAAACUACAUACGCGUUGACUCUGUUGCUUGAGGCAACGGGACAUAAAGUUUCAGUCCUUGAUAAUAUUGUAUCCAUUGGUUCUCAUGUGGGAACGAAAAUUUCUAUCUUGACUCUCGUCGUUCUAGCGGUAGACCGUCUCUUAGCUAUAACACUACCGUGGAAGUACAACACUUUCGUAACGCGUAAGCGUGCUGCAGCCACGAAUGUUUUCAUCUGGAUUUCCAUCGCUACAUUUGAAGCGACUCACUUCGCACCAUCCAUUGAAAAAUUUCUUCAUGAUAUAGACCUCCAUUUACAAACAACCGUUCCUAUCGCCGGGUUACUUAUAAUUUUUAUCGCAACGUAUUUGGCUUUCAGGAAGCAUUCAAGAAACGCUGUCUUUGCUCAUCAGAGCGACAGCAGGUCCAAUCGUAUCCAUAUGCAUAAUCUCCAGUUUGAAAAGAAAAUCAUAGUGACGAUAUUAUUGAUAAUGCUCGUAGUUCUGGCGUCUUUGAUACCCUAUUUAAUCGUGGAAAAAGUUUCAGAGGGAUGUGAUGGACCCCACCAUGUUCAUGAAGACGACGACCACGCGGAAGAAGAAAGCAUGGAUUGUAACGAAAGCAAAGCAAUCGCUAGGGUUUUUUCUGUUUGUUUAUUGUCGCUAAGCUGUGCGCUAAACCCGAUACUAUAUGCAUGGCGAAUACCGCAUUAUAGACAAUCGCUUAAAAUGGUAGUCGGUGUCUCAUGGCGGCGACAAGACGUUGGAGUUCUAGUUCCAGAUGUUCCUAUACCAUCGAUGUUCCGAUUAACGGAUGGAAUAAGCCACGAGGAAAGGGAUUCUGCCUUAGCAAGAAACACGCUCUCAAGGUCAAAUACUAAUGUACAAUACGUUAGACCAUUGAAGUAGCAAUUGAAAUUGCAUUUUAGUAUAUCCUUUGGUGAAAGGUGGCGAUAAUUGUUCCUGUUUUUGGAGCACCGUUUGCGUUGGCUGAGUAAGAUAGCACUUUACUAAAACUAAUUAUAUUUAGACUUCCCGUUCAAUUCUCAAAAAAGUGCCAUUAAGGUUUUGGGUUUCUGUACUAAGUGUAAACUGUAAACUUUAGAAGGCGUGAAUUAUUAACAAUAAACAAAUAUUAGGACUGGGAAUUUAAGAAGAGUAUUAGUUUCUGAUAGUGGAGGAAGGAAGGAAGCGAGAAAAAUCUUGAUAAACGUUCUCGUAGCUAGUCUAUCUUCUCUUAUUCGGAUUAUAUCUAUC